AUGGCCGAUUCCACAUCUCCUUCGAGAUCAACACCAACACCGACAUCGAUAUCUCCUUCAGCGACAUCUCGCCAAAUGAACACCCUCAUCCGAAAACAUCCUCUCCAACGCCUCCCCUCCCCAUCCCGCACCACCUCGGCCGCCAUCCACAUCAUCGGCCUCUCCAGCUUCCUCUACUCAUUCAGCUAUCUCAGCACGCACCCAAACCACAUCAACCAAGCCUACGGCUGGCAUUUCCAGUACCUGACGAUCAUCGGCCUAGCGCUAGCGACGGCGACCUUCACGCUCGGCCUCCUCGCAGACCUGACGCUCUCGGCUCGCCUGUUCGCCGCGAAGAAUGUGCUGUCCAUGUGUUCCGCGCCCAUGGAGGUCCUGAUCACCCUGCUGUACUGGGGCCUCCGGGCGAUCGAUCCGCAGCUGGUGGUGCCGAAGGAACUGGAGCUGCCGUUCGGCGUCGACGCGAGUUUCCACCUGGCCCCCGGGGUGUUUUUGCUGUCGGAUCUGCUGCUGCUCAGUCCGCCCUGGACGAUCGGUGUGUUGCCGGCCGUAGCGCUGAGUGGUGCGAUCGCUUGCGUCUACUGGUAUUGGAUCGAGAUGUGUUACCAGGUUAACGGGUUCUAUCCGUAUCCGCUGUUCGAGGUGUUGUUGCCGGCGCAGAGGGUCGUGUUGUUUGCGGGCAGUGCGGUGUUGAUGGCGGCGAGUACGGCGGUGUUGAAGUCGCUUCAGGGAAGAAUCAAUCGUGGCUUGGAGGGGAGGAAGGAAAGGGAAGGGAAGGACGGAAGGGGGGUGGAGAGGCCGGGGAAUGUUAGUUAA